GUGUGAACCUGAAACAAGUGACACAAACAACUGAUACAGUUCAGCAAGGCAACACAACGAAACUCCUUCCUUUGGUAAUACCAAACCUCAGAAAACCAAAGAUCAGUUUUAAGUGCACCACAGCAACAUGGCCAACAGGAAGGCAGAGGUCCAGCGGAGGAUUGUUUCCAAAGAUGGCCACAACAAUGUGCGGAUUGACAACGUGGAAGGCAUGGUCAGACUCUACCUGCAUGACAUCUGGACCACUGUGGUGGACAUGAAGUGGCGCUACAAACUCACUCUGUUUGCCUCCACAUUUGUCAUGACUUGGUUCACCUUUGGGGUCAUCUUUUACUUCAUUAGCUUGGGUAAUGGAGACUUUGAGGCAGGUUUGAAUUCCAGCUAUACGCCCUGUGUGAUGAAUGUACAGACACUCACUGGAGCCUUCCUUUUCUCUCUGGAAUCUCAGACCACCAUUGGAUAUGGUUUUCGUUAUAUCACAGAGGAAUGCCCUCUGACUAUCUUCACGCUGGUGGCUCAGCUUGUCAUCACUGGCCUGGCUGAAAUCUUUGUCACCGGUGCUUUUCUAGCUAAGCUGGCUCGGCCCAAGAAGCGAGCAGAGACCAUCAAGUUCAGCCAGCUGGCAGUCAUCUGUUGGCACCAAGGCAAGCUGUGUCUGAUGGUGAGAGUUGCUAACAUGAGAAAGAGCCUUCUGAUCCAGUGCCAGCUAACAGGAAAGCUCCUCCACUCACAUGUGACAGAGGAGGGUGAGAAGACACAGGUCCAUCAGAGCCCUGUUGAUUUCUACAUGGACUCCAGUAGUGAAUGCCCUUUCCUCAUCCUCCCGCUCACCUUCUACCAUGUUCUGGAUGAGCACAGCCCGCUGGCAGGACUGAAUGCAGAAAACCUUCACACGCGACAGUUUGAACUGCUGGUCACCCUCAAUGCCACAAUGGAGUCGACGGCAGCCACAUGUCAGAGCCGCACCUCCUAUGUUCCUCAGGAGAUCAUCUGGGGCUAUGAGUUCAAGCCAGUGCUGUUCAGCACUACAAGUGGCCGUUAUGUGGCAGAUUUAAACUUUUUUGACAAGGUACAAGUGAGAAACGACGCAGCCUUCCUAAGCAACGACACAGAGAAACAAAAACCUGAGCAGGACUAUAAAAAUGAAUAGGUGAUGCAACUGGCUGAUGAUACAGUAUGUUAGAACUCAACCAGUGUGUUUUUGCUAACAUACCUUACUGAGCCAAUCACUUAGUCCCAUAUAUGACCCUUAAUUUUAAUGCAUACUUGAUUAUUGGUUAGGUCCACCCUAAACACAGUUCAUUAGUCUGGGUUUUAUUGAAGGGUUUCAUUGUCCCCAAAUGCUAAAUGUUUUAGGCCUUUUCAGAAUAAUGUAGAUAUUUUUAAAUGCAGUGUUUCCUCACACUGAAAAACUAGUAGUUCAGCAUUUGAAGGAU